CCUUCAGUCUUGCACAGGUGUACCGGCUCCUCCCCUUCAGUCUUACACAGGUGUACCGGAUCCUCCCCUUCAGUCUUGCACAGGUGUACCGGCUCCUCCCCUUCAGUCUUGCACAGGUGUACCGGCUCCUCCCCUUCAGUCUUGCACAGAUGUACCGGCUCCUCCCCUUCAGUAUACCGGCUUCUCCCCUUCAGUCUUGUACAGGCGUACCGACUCCUCCCCUUCAGUCUUGUACAGGUGUACCGACUCCUCCCCUUCAGUCUUGUACAGGUGUACCGACUCCUCCCCUUCAGUCUUGCACAGGUGUACCGGCUCCUCCCCUUCAGUCUUGCACAGGUGUACCGGCUCCUCCCCUGGACUGAAAUGGCUUCCUCUGAUGUCACUGCACACUUUCAGCUUCUCACAAUGUGC